GGACGACGUUCUGGCCAUUGCAACAUUGACCACCGCGGCGGCAGGUAAACUGGCCUGGUCAGCCCACAGCCAGCCUCAUGCCAGCCUCUACAAAAUGGCGCGAGCUCUGCCAACAGUCGCUCACUCUUCUACGUACGUUCGCCGGUCGAUCCUUCGCGUUACAAGCCGUACUAGACAUCACAUCUGUUUCACUUUAUCGACAACAUGUCUCUUACUCCUCGACGGAACAAGAAGGAAGAUGACCCGAAGAUGAUUGGGUUGUGGAAGAUUGGCAGGACCAUCGGGAAGGGGAGCUGUGGACGUGUCCGUAUCGCGCGACACAGCAAGACAGGUCAAUACGCCGCGGUCAAAAUCGUCUCAAAGACCAGUAUCAUGAACUCUAGGAUGGCGCUGCACAGCCCGAGCGACCAGGCGGACCGCAUGUACAGCAUUGAACGCGAAAUCGUCGUCAUGAAGCUGAUCGAGCACCCCAACAUCAUGCGCCUCUACGACGUCUGGGAGACGUCUUCGGAGCUGUAUCUCAUCCUCGAAUACGUCGAGGGCGGUGAGCUCUUCGACUACCUCUGCGAGAAACGUCGGCUCUCCACGUACGAGGCCCUCGGCUUCUUCCAGCAGAUCAUCGCCGCCGUGAAUUACUGCCACCGCUUCAACAUCGCCCACCGCGACUUGAAGCCGGAGAACUUGCUGCUCGACCAGAACAAGAACAUCAAGGUCGUCGACUUCGGGAUGGCCGCCUGGCAGGGCAAGGCGGACCUCCUCCGGACCUCGUGCGGCAGUCCUCACUACGCCGCCCCCGAGGUCGUCAUGGGGUGCACCUACAACGGCGCCUCUGCCGAUAUCUGGUCUUGCGGCGUCAUCCUCUACGCUCUGUUAGCUGGGAGACUGCCCUUCGACGACGAAGACCUGGACACACUACUCGAUAAGGUUAAGGGUGGCAAAUUCGUGAUGCCUGGGGACAUCGACCCGCGCGCGAGCGACCUCAUCUCGAGGAUGCUCACAAAGGACGUCGCGAAGCGCAUUACCAUCCCCGAGAUCAUGCAGCAUCGGUUCUUCACGUCACAGCCUCCGAAGAAGAUGGACUGCGACGUCCCCAACCUUGACGAGAUCGCACGGCCGCUCAGCAGCGAAGACGACAUCGACUGUGACAUCUUCGGUAACCUGCGUUCUCUCUGGCACGGUCGGUCUGACGAGGAGAUCAUCGCGAGCCUCCUCAACAAGGAGCCGUCUUGGGAGAAGGGUGUUUACCAUCUCCUUGUCCGCUACCGCAUGACUCACAUGGAGAACUACGACGAGGAGGAGGAAGAAAAAGUUGUAGCGAAGCGCGUGUCGAAGCGACGUGCCAAGCGGGACCAGGAGAACGCGGGAGAACGCUCAGAGCUCCUGGCCUCUUUGCCUCCUCGCGCAGGGCCUCCGACGCCUAGUCGGGCAGCACGAGAAGGGCAACCACAGGUGUCGCCGUCGCCCAGCCGGGGCCUCAGCCAGAUGCGACAGCUGUCGUUCCUGAACUCGAGCCUCGCACUGAACAGCAUGGCUGACGCCUCGACGCCGCGCAAACCUCGAGCCCAGCCGUCCUCUUCCAGCGCAGCCACCCCCGCUUCAGCUCUUCUGUCUCCCUUGCCUGCGACCUCUGCGAGCCCAGCGGUACCGACGGGCGGUGUCAUGCAAGACGACCGAAUUCAACAAUUCAUGCUUCAGAUUUCGGAGCAUCUCAGCGUCAUGCAGCCUGCCGGUUCACGUCCACCUCUCGAUUCCGUUCAAACGCCUAGGGCGACGGCUGCUCCGCCUCCGACGCCCUACGCAAUGGACCCACGGAGCCCCGGGCGCGACAUGCAGACCCCAUUGGGACGACGAGGCAUGGCUACAGCAGACAUCUUCGGCGUCGAAGGCCCCGCACAGAGCAAGACGACACGGCCUCUCAGUGUCCGCCCACGCUCUCCUGCGAAGUCGGUUGCAAGUGUUGACAAGGAGAACGUUCCCCGCCUGACUGUCGACACACGUAUUGGGGCUCACUACAUGCAUUCACCAGGACGCAGGUCCUCUGCAUACAGUACAGACAGCGGGCGACGCGUACAGAUCCUAGAGCCGCCGGUUAUCGAGCGUGGUCGCCUGAAGAAGAGACGCAACCCGGGACAGUCGCCGACUUCCCCAGCUUCGUCCGCGAUGUCUACGGGCUCGUCCUUCGUCAUGUCUUCUACGCCCCGCCGCCGAUGGUUCCCGCAGCUCUUCAAGUUCAAGCCGACGCAGUUUCAUCUCCUAUCUGUGGCAGACGCACACCGCUCUGUGAGCACCUGCCGCCAGAUCCUCGAACAGAUGGGCGUCACCACCGCGCUCGCGUACGAGCCAUCCGAAGACCCCGCCUCCCCCGACUCGGAUACCUUCACGCUCAAGUGCUGGCUCGAGGACCCGCGCGACACCCGGGGAGCGAUGUCCUCGCUUAAGGGUGUCCGUUUCCGCGUGGAGGUCCACCGCCCGAGUUCGAUCCAGACGAUCGCGGGCUACGCGGUGCUGCUGAGCUUGGUGCUGGAGAAGGGCGCGGCGACGACGCUGAAGCUGGUGUACAACCGGCUGAGGAGGGGGUGGGACUUGGACUCGCAGGAUUUACCUCCGGCUAGUCGUAGCCACGAAGUGGAAGACGACGAGCGGUUCGUAGAGGUGGUGUACGCGCAGUGAGCUGAACGACGGACGAGUGCGAUGGUAGAAUCGCGUAUGAUGACAUUGACAAGCACGACCCGCCGUGCAGACGGGUGAUGGGUCGUAAUGUGGAGGAUGUGAUAUAGAAGUGUGGAGGGAAGAUAUU